GGGACGGGGAGAAAAGGCAGGCAGCCGGGCAGGGAGUAAUUCAAGGUAGAAAAGAGGUUAUCUUUGAAAAAGGAAGUAGCUGGAAAUUAAGAAGACAAAGCACAGAAAAGUAGGGGAGGGGAGUGGAGAAAGAUGGAGGUGCAGGGAAGAGAAGUGUUAGAGGUCAGGUCUGACAGGUCCCUGGUGAAUCAGAUGUCAGGCAAGUUGUAAUGUGUCAUAAAUCCAAUGCCUAUAUUGAGUCCAUAAUUUUUUAGCACUGUUUCAAGAAAAUUGAGAAACAUAGUACUGUUUUACAGACACGUAUCACUUCCAUAAUUGUAUCAGCAUGAUAUUAGAUGCCAUGGCUGUGUGCAAUGCGGUUAGUCACUAACACACCUUUACAACCUCUCCCCCUUUUUUUCCUUUCCAGGAUAUAAACUUCUGACCUGAUCCACUGAUAUUAAAAAUGGCCAACUCACACGGUGUCACAAUUCAGCCCCAAUUCACUGUUGUUACUAGUACAUCAAGAAGUAACUGGCAGACUGGGCUACUGGACUGCUGCAGUGAUUGUAGUGUGUGUCUGUGUGGAGCAUUCUGUUUUCUUUGUCUCCAAUGUCAAGUUGCAAGUGACAUGGACGAAUGCUGCCUCUGCGGCUCAAGUGUGGCUAUGAGGACACUCUACCGGACAAAAUACAGUAUCCCAGGAUCCAUCCUUUCUGAUUUCUUCUCUGCCCUCUGUUGUCCUAUGUGUUCUGUUUGUCAGUUAAAGAGAGACAUUACCAGAAGGAAGGAACAGGGAAUCUUCUAACAAGGUUCGUUAAAGUUUUUUUUUAAAGUUCCUCAGGAGCAGUGUUUCAGUUAAAAUCAGUUUUAGCACAAAUGGGGUGUAAUGGAAAAGUCUGAUGUAGAAUCAGUAAUACGCAGAUGAUAGUAGCAUAAAGAUAUCCUCACCUAUCCAUCCUUUGGGUGAUACUGAAGUCUUAGAAAAUGUACCAUCAGCUUAUUUUAAUGUGAGCUCUGUGCUACAGGGCCCACUGUAAUAUGAGAUGAGACUUACUGUAGUGAUUCAAACCAAUCUAAAAUAAAGCAUGGUCAUCAUUACUAUUGGCAGUCAGGAAACACAAGACCAAACAACGACAGCUAGGAUAAUUACCACUGGCAAAGAGCCUUGUUGGCUAACCAAAGGUAUUCCAGACUAUGUAAUACCUACAAUGGCAAAGGCAUGAACGUUUGACCUGGUUUAUUCCACAAAGGAAUGAACCAGAUCGAGAGCCAACAGAGACUGGGGAAGAAAUCAAUGGCUGUGUUUUACAGAGGCCCCAUGUGACUUGGUUCCUGAAGGUGGAUUAUGGAAUGCAACAACUGCCACAGCUGUCCUGUAUUCUAAGCAGCAAACACCUAGAUCUGCUGUAGCAGUAUAGCAUGGGAAACAGCCAUUCUCUCACCCCAGUGUUUUACUGUACCCUCUGAAGCAUGUGCUGUUUUAUUUAUACUCCUGCAUUUAUUUAUCUAUCUAUCUUUAAAAGAGGGUCUGAACCAAUGUAGGACUUAAAUAGAAUUUAGGUACAUAAGUCCAAAUCUGUGUGCCUGAAAACCAUUACUCAGCUGCUGCCUUACUUAUGCAGACACCUUCUUGAGAACUUUAAAGUCAAACAAGACUCAUAGUCUCCACAUAUUCAGAAUUAAACUGGUCUUGACUGAGCAAGGUAGUUCAGUGCCUAGCUGAUUCAAAAGCUUGCUUGGGAUCCAAAAGCUAGGUAUUCAUGUGGCUAAAGCCCUUAAGGGGUUUCAUCUAAUAUACCUAACACCCUCAACAGAACCAACCUUCGUACAAAAUAGAACUGCAGUCGCCCUAAGAGUAGUUACAAGAGCAGCCUGAGAAGUGGGAGACCCAGAUUCUCUUCUUUGCGACUCAACCUCAUGUUUUACUUCCUUGGACAGUGGCUAAUCAGCAGUCUACACAAGCUAAAAUGCACAGGAAAGUUCCCCCCCACAUUGUGUGGGAAAACUGUUCGGAGUUCCUGAGCCAAAUAUCACGAAUACAAGACCCAGUGGUUAGGGCCAAUCUGGGUGGUGUAAAUCAGACCCUAAUAUAACCUUUACCAGAAGAUUUUAGUGUAAACCAACAAAAAAGGCUUCACUCCAAUUUGCUUCAUUUUUCCAUUAAGACUGAAUGCAUCAGAUCCUGUCCUCACACCUUUAUAACUUUAAGACACAUUUCUCAAAUCAGUAUUGGUCUACCUUGUGAUGAGAUCUGUUAAACAUUCAAGGAAUGCAAGGCUUUUAAAACUUGUACUUUUAAGUACAAUUCAUGGUAGUGUAUAUUGUUAAUCAUCUUAAGUCUUCAGUGUUAGCUAUCUUUUUGUCCCGCCUUGUCACUCCAGGGUUUUCUUCUGCUUGUUUCUGCAUAUUCAGUGUCUAUAUGCAAGAAUACAGAGAUCUACAGGAGACGCAAGCAAGCAAGGCAGUACUUUUGGCUUAUUUGCUAUUAAUUACCAGGGAAAAAAUAAAAGGUUUUUUGCCUCACUUGUACAUGUGUUCUUUUUAUAACCACUUCUGCAGUCAUAACCAGUUUUACUGUCCUAAUGUGCUUGG